AUGGCCCAGUCGACCGUCAUACAGGCUCCGGGCCUGUCGACGUUCCUGAAGUCGCUCAAGACGACUCCAGUGGACCCCUCGGUCGAGCACCUCAUAUCACUCCUCAAGCGCCGGCAGAUCCGAAACUCCCGGCCAUGCGCCAUCGCGACCACGGCCCUGCUGCUGCGCGUCGUGGGCGAGUUCAAGGGACGAGACGCCGCCAAGCUCGUGGAGCGCAUUCGACAGGUCGGCAGGCGCCUGACCUCGGCACAGCCGCGCGAGGUCGUCGUGGGCAACAUCGUCCGGCGCGUCCUGGGGCUGGUGCGCGAGGUCGUGGACGAGAACGUCGACGGACAGACACCCACAGGGAGCGAGGCGGCCACCCCCGUGCCGCAGCACGACUCCCUCCACCGACCGACGCUUGCCUCGACCCUGUCCGCCUUCAGCCCGCUCAAGCAUGCCGCUGCCGAGCCCAUGCACGUCGGCCUCUACGACGGGAACAUGUCCGACUCGGGCGAGCUCUCACGGCGGCCGCCCCUGCUCACCUCGCACACCUCGUAUGCCCCUCCUUCGGCCGGCCCGCUCGUCAACUCCCUGUUCGGUCUCUUCUCGCAGCCCAUCGACACGCCCUCGGCCACAAGCACGCCGACCGGCGCCCAGUCGCCCAGCGCCAACACAACCUUCACACAGCAAAACCUCGAGCGUCUCGGCGAAAUGAGCAGAGCCCAGGCGAGCCUGGACUUGAAGGGCGAAGUCAUGGAGGGCAUCAGAGAGCUGCAGGACGAGCUGGAGACAUCCGACAAGCAGAUCGCCGAGGUUGCACUCGAGCACAUCCACGCAAACGAAAUCAUCCUCACCCACACAGCCUCGACCACGGUCCAAAAGUUCCUCAUGUACGCGGCCAGGAAGCGAAAAUUCACCGUGGUCCACGCUGAGACGUACCCACACGACCACGCAGCUACACACGGUGUUCUGCUUACGGGAAAGAAGCGCGAGUCGCACGCAGACGACGACGACGACGACGACGACAAGUGGAAGCCGCUCACCGAAGCCGGCAUUCAGGUCUAUGUCAUCCCCGACUCGCACGUCUUCGCCAUCAUGUCCCGUGUCAACAAGGUCAUCUUGGCUACCCACACGGUUCUCGCAAACGGCAGCCUCGUUGCUGCCGCUGGAGCGCACAUGAUUGCCAAAGCAGCCAAGGAGCACCAGACACCUGUGGUGGUUCUCAGCGGUGUCUACAAGCUCAGUCCCGUAUAUCCCUUUGACAUCGACGAGCUUAUCGAGCACGGUGACGCCGGGGGCGUUGUGCCCUACGAGGACGGCGACUUUGUCGACAAGGUCGAUGUCGAGAAUCCGCUGUACGACUACGUUCCUGCAGAUCUCGUGGAUCUCUACAUCACCAACCUGUAAGUCACGAUCCAACCCCUUUGGGCCUGACUCAUACACUGACCAGUCUAGUGGCGGACAUGCACCCUCGUACCUUUACCGUAUCGUAGCGGAUCACUACCGAUCCGAGGACAUUGCUCUGUAG